AUGAUAUACAUCAAUCUUGAUUUUAAAGAAACAGAAUUAGGUUCUUGUGCAAAGAUGUUUACUGAAGAUGAUGUUAUUUACGUACACGACUAUCACUCGGGACCUCUUUACACAAUUGCUUGUAGUCCAACAGAUACUGGAUUAGUGGCAUGUGGGGGUAGAGAUAAUUUGGUUUCCCUAUGGAGAAUUGGUUGUGGAAAUAGUGUAAAUAAGUUUGUAGGUCAUAAGGAUAGCAUUUCUAGUGUAGCCUUUAGCAAGGAUGGUCAGUUGCUUGCUUCUGGCGGAGUUGAUUCAUGCAUUAAGAUAUGGGACAUGUCCGGUAAUAUCAAGUGCACAUUUGAUGGCUCAGCAGGGAAGGAAUUUGAGUGGGUAAAAUGGCACCCAAAUGCUCAUCUAGUGUUGGCUGGAUGUACUGAUGCAACUGUAUGGAUGUUGAAUGCUGAUAAAAGUGCUGUUCUUGGGGUAUUCAGUGGUCAUUGUGGUGCUGUCACUUGUGGUGACUUUACUCCUAAUGGAAAAUCAAUUUGUACUGGCUCUGUGGAUGGCACCUUUAGAAUAUGGAAUCCAAGAACCGGUGAAAGUAGUGUUGUUAGAGGGCAUAGAAAGGCUUCUGCAUUGACAUGCUUGACAUAUACCUCUGAUUCAACCCAUGCCCUUACAGGAUCAGAAAAAGGUUUCUUUAGUGUUGUAAAGAUCUCAAGUAAGAAGGUUAUCAAAACGUUGUCGCUUCAUUCAAGUUCAAUUCAUUGUACUGGACUUUCAUCAAGCAAGCCUUGGGCAGCAACUGGAGGAGCAGAUGAUAAACUUAUUAUCUGGGAUAUGAAUCAUUUUGCAGAUCGCAGCAUCAUCCAAUAUCAAGCUGAAAUAAGCUGCUUAAAAUGGCUUGGUGAUUCACACUUUGUGGCUUUGGGAUUUUCUGAUGGGCAGAUAAUAAUAUGUGAUUCUCGCACAGAAGAAAGUGUAAAAAUUUUCCAGACCCACUCAAAGAAAAUCUCAGAACUUGAUGUCUCUACUUGUAACAAUUUUCUUGUUUCCGCUUCAGAAGAUGGUAUUGCACAUGUUUUUGACAUAUCAAACUUUAGAUAACAAGCGAGCGUUUUAUAGUAUAAGUAGGAUAGAAAUAUUAUUAGGAUUUACCAUCUUAAUUUGUUUUACAUGGUGGGAUCAGAAUACGAUUAUAUAUUUUUACGAUUUAAUUUAGUAAAAUAUAGCUUGAAUUGUAAUUAAUUUUAUAGAUUUUUGAAAAUUUCAU